AUGGCUACCACCACUCCCGCCACUGUCCCCACGCCUCUGACCAAAACAACCGGCUUGUCCGUGGAAAUAUGGUCUAUGAUCAUCGACUAUGUCCUUCGCCCUACCGACCUCAAGAAUUUGUGCCUCACGUGCAAGCAAUUUCACCAAAUUGCUGUCCGCCCGUUGUAUCGCGAAGUCACCCUGGAUGUCGGCAGCACGGCUGACCUCAACCUGGGCGCCUUCCUAAACCCCCGCAAUGCAGGGUUGCACUAUAUCCGCCAGUUGCACAUCUACCUUGCCGAAGUGCAAGAUAAACGCAAUCAGCUUCAACAGGCCCACUUCGCCGUCCGCAUGAUUCUUGAGUUUCUGCCAGAGAACAUUUUGGAGCGCUUCUCUUGGCACCCGUGGCAGCCUUUCUCCGCUGACAACCUGCUAUUGCUCUACCGAAAACAGAGGCGCAUGACGUGGCUUGAGGCUAUCUCACUAGACAAGAACAUUCUGGACCAGCUGGAAGACUCAUCGGACCUCGCCUGCAUCGAAGAACAUACACGAACCCUUGGCCUGUACCCUGACAGUAGGGGCGUACUCGAUCUCUGCAACACCCUCAUCCGGAAAAACAGGCGGGUGGAAAAUCUAAUCAUUAAUGCCAGCUUCAACCCCGCCGAUGCUGGAUUCUCUGCCCGUGAGCUUCACGACUCGAGCACCGGUCCAGGCUUGAUCACUUCGAAACUGUUCGGGCAUAUGCAGCCGCUGGAGCAGUGCAAGCCUUUGGCGCUCACCGAGCUGACGCUGCAAAGAGUCCACUUGCGCUAUUCCGCGGACACCUACUGCCGAGCCAUCAAGUUUGUCACCCUCAAAAAGCUGGGUAUAUUCGAAUGCCCGGGCGCAUGCACUCUUUUUGCCGAACUCAGCAAAAGCAGUAAGCUGCCUCAGAGCCUGGAGAUACUCGAAUUCAAACACGAAGACAACCGAGAAAGCGAUGCCCUCCAUGCGCUUGAUAACUUUCUUUACCUGGUCACUGGACUCAAAGCUCUCACGAUUGACAUCUGCAAUGUUGGAGAGUUGCCCGCUGCGGCCGGCGUGGUUAGACAUGGCAAAACGCUGAGGCAGCUAAACGUGCACGCGAAUAAUGGACUAGAUGCGCAUGGAGAUGAGCACGUAUACAGUACUGCAGAUUUUCGGCAGAUUUGCAGAGAUUGUCCCUAUUUAGAAGAACUGUCUAUCGGCUUCCCUGAAACUAGCAUAAUGCAGGGCAAGAGCGAUGGUUUCGCCGCCUUCGAGGAUGACCUCAACAACCUCCCCAACUUGGUUUCGCUCAACAUUACCACAUGGCCAAAACAUAGUCCCUCCUCUGGUCGACUUCCGCGCAGCAUCUAUACCCUUCUUCUACAGAACAUAGCUCAAUCGCUGCUUGCCUUCCACCGGCCAGUUCUGCAAAUGUCCGGGUCAGAUGUACCGCGUUCUUCCCACCUCAACCUCAUCGCAUUUGGCGCAGCUGAUCGUGCCCACGGCCGCGCGGAUGAUGAGAGGUAUCAGGUAGUCUUCAUCAAGGGCCGUCAAAUAGAUCCCUUUGGUUCCGAGUCGCCACUUGCGGUCAAGGUCAGAGGUGAGCUGAGGAAGUACGUGGAACCUAGAAGCGAGGUUCUUAAUUUCGCGCUUUCCAGAAGCACGAGAAUGCCUACAGACGAUGGUGGGAGCGCUCCAGGAUGGUAA